UCUAUGUUUGCCUGACUGAUUCUCUCUGCUUGCUCCUCCUCAGACUGAACGAUGGCUGAAGCACAGCUGUGUGGAUUACAGGAUGAGUUCACCUGCUCGCUGUGUCUGGACACCCUGACUGACCCCGUCUCAAUCCCCUGUGGUCACAGUUUCUGUCUAAAGUGCCUCACGGACUGUUGGGACCAAAGCCAAGUGUACAGAUGUCCGCAGUGCAGACACACUUUAAUCACAAGGCCUGAUCUUCACAGAAACUCUGUGCUGAAUGAAGCCGUCAAGAAAUUAAAAAAGCCGAGACUCAGUCCUCAUUCAUCUCUGAAUUAUGCCAGCCCUGGAGACGUGAAGUGUGACGCCUGUACUGAGAGAAAUCUCCGAGCAGUGAAGUCCUGCCUGAACUGCAUGAUCUCCUUUUGUCAGAAUCACCUGCAGCCCCACUUUGAAAUUUCAGCCUGGAAGGUCCACAACCUGGUUGAUCCUGAUGGAAAUCUGAAGUUUAAGCUCUGUGCAAAACAUCAGAAAAGUUUAGAAGCAUUUUGCAAAACUGAUGGUACAUGUGUCUGCGUGAUGUGUGUGGCAACUGAACAUGAAAGCCAUAAGAUAGUCGAGCUGGAGACGGAAACAGGAGAAAAACAGAAACAGCUGGGGGUGACAAUGAGUGAAAUCAGAAGGAGACUUGAGGAGACAGAAAAUAAACUAAAGGAGACGAGGAGGGCGAUGGAGCAGAUGAAGAUGUCAGUGGAACGACAGAUAGAGGAAAAUGAGAAGAGCUUCACUAAUCUGAUCCACUGCAUUGAAGAAGCCCAGAAAAAAUUGGUUGAGAGGGUCAGAGAACAAGAAAAGAGAGAAAUAGAGAAGGCUGAAAGAGUCAUUGAGCAACUGGAGAAGAAGAUAGAGGAGCUGAAGAAGAGAGAUGCUCAGCAGAAGGAGCUUUCAGACACCAAGGAUCAUAUCCGCUUUCUGCAGACUUUCUCAUCUCGCUGUGUCCUUCCACCUGAUGGAGAUUCACUCAGCUUCACUGUCACUGCUGAUUUCUCUUCUGAGGACCUAAGAAAGGAGCUGUCAUGUCUGACGAAGAGUGUGGAGAAGGUCAGCCAGUGGGACAUCAAGACAUGGAGUCCAUCAGGUCAUGAAGCUCCCAUUUUUGUCCUGCAGCCUCCUGAACCUCAGAGCAGAGAGGAGUUUUUACAAUACUUCUUUCCACUCACACUGGACAUCAACACGGCACACAUUGAGCUCCAUCUGUCUGAAGAGAACAAGAAGGUGACAUCUAAAUGGACAGAGGCCGAAUAUCCUGAUCAUCCUGACAGAUUUGACUGCCAGUGUCAAGUUCUGUGCAGAGAGGCUCUGACUGGGACUCGCUCUUACUGGGAGGUGGAGUGCACUGGCGAAAGUCUGAGGAUAGGAGUUGCAUAUAAAGGACUGAACAGGAAAGGAGAGGGCUGGGAGUGCAGCCUUGGAAAUAAUGACAAGUCCUGGAGUUUGCGGUGUUUUAAUUCCCAGUACUCUGUGUGUCACAAUAACAAGGAGACUGAAAUUGACGCCCCCUACAGCCCCAGAAUAGGUGUGUUUCUGGACUGGCCUGCUGGCUCGCUGUCAUUUUAUAGCGUCUCACACACAAUGACCCUCCUGCACAGGUUCAACACCUCCUUCACUGAGCCCCUCUAUCCAGGGUUUAAGGUUGGUCCUGACUGCAGUGUAACAAUUGGCCAACUAUCACCAUGUGACCACUGACCAGUACCUUCCACCGGUUGCUUGGCAUCCCACAAGUGCAGAUCCUCUUUGCAUUUGUUGUUUGGGGUCAAAAUUAAUUUUACAUGAUGGCCAGAAGGGGCUGCACCUUUGUGCCUGAAUUUGUGGAUGAGAAUGUGGGGUGAGUGUGGCUGUCAAGGUCACUCUGAGUAUUACAUACAUGGAGAAAGCUUGUGGGACGGAAAGAUUUUGGUUUGAUUGAAUCAUCAUUUUGAAAAAAAAAAUUCUUAAUGUUGUCACUUCCUUUAAGGACAGAGCGAUUUCAUAAGGCAAAAGAAUAUUUAACUUAAUUAAACUUUAUCUCAAUGAUGUCUAUACAUUUACAACUUGGAACUGUAAUAUUUUGUAAA